AUGUACGACGGAAGCGAGUUUGUGGCCCUGAAGUACCCCGUGAACCGAGAAGAGGAAGAGUUCUGCCAGGCCUUGCAGGGCCAGUUGUGCCUGGGCGUGCCGAGGAUAUUCGACAUGGGCUGGCACUCGGAGGAAUGCUACGUGGUGGUGCAGCUUCUCGGGGCGCCCGUGUCCAGACUCUUCGAGUUACUGGCACCGUGGGACGUUGGCGUCAAGUGGCAGGUCCUCAGGGUCCUGGGACGGCAGCUGGUGCGCCGGCUGCGGGCGGUCCACCGCAUGGGCUUCGUCCACUGCGACGUCAACGCGUCCAACAUACUGCUCGGCGGCGAGGAGACGUGGGCCCUCCCAGAGCCCAGGGGUGCCGCUCAGGGCCCCAGCGAGCCGCACGGCCCUGGCGAGGCCGAGGAUCCCCAAGAGGUGGCGCUUGGGUGCAGGCCUUUCCUGAUCGACUUCGGCUGCGCGAGGAGAUUCCCCGACGGCGAGCCGAUGCUCCCCUACUGGGGCUCGAUCGACUACACCUCCAUCAACGCGCUCACCUCGGAGUGCUGCCGCGGCCCCCACGACGACCUGGAGUCCCUGGGCUGGCUGCUGCUGCACGGCCUGUUCCGUGAGCUGCCCUGGACGCAGUGGGUCCAGGCCGCGUGGAGCGCGAACGGCGUGGGCGAGGCCAGCAUGACGCCGGCGUGCCAGCAGGUCCGCCUCGCCAAGGUGGCGCUGCUGGAGCUGGGGCACGGGGCGUUCGAGCCGCGCUGGGCGCACCUGGCCGAGCUCCCGGCCGAUCUGUGCCUCUACUUGCGCCGCUGCCGCGCGCAGGCCGCCGCUGCCGCUGCCGCGACGGAGCUGGAGCCCGUGCGGCCCGCUGGUCUGGGCAGCCGGGGUGCGGGCGCCGCGCGGGCGCUGGCGGCGGACCACGAGGUGCUCCUGCAGAUCCUCGGCUGCCCAGGCGGGCUGGACGACCACGACGCCGAGCGGCUAACGUCCAGUUCCUGCGGGACUUCCGACUCGGCCCGUGCGCGAGGGCGCUGGCCAGCGGCGCGGAGGAGGCCGCCGACGGCGAGGAGCCGGCGAGGAGCUGCUUCGCAUGCAUCCGUGGACGGCGGGGGCGCCAGCAGCCCCGGCGCGCCGCCCAGCGCUUUGGGUUGGCCGCCGUGA